AAAUAGAGGAAAUUUAAUGGUGAUACUGGCAUAUUAAAAUCUCUUUUUUUAACUUAAACGGUGUAUUUUUGCAAAUUCAAGUGGAACUUAAAAGAAUAAAAUGCUAUCGAUUGUAUUCUUAUUGGUAAAAAUUGAAAAUUAAUGGUGUUUCUGGAAAUUUACCAAAUAAAAAAGGCAGAUGAAUAUCCAAAAGGAAAUCUAAAUUGCAGAGGCUGAGGGGAACAAUGGCAGACAGCAUGAGUGUCCUCAAUAUAAAACAGGAGAUUCAAGAAACCAACUCCAAUACAAAUAACAUCGGUUGCUACAGCCCCACCACUACGACUACGCCGGUAGCAAGUAAUGGCAGUACAAAUAACAGACGAAAUAGUGGUGCAUCCAGCACCAAUGGCAACGGCAUGAAAUCCUCACCAUCCGUUUCACCUGAACGUCAGAUGUGCAGUUCCACUACUACAUUGAGUCUCAACAGCAAUGGAUCCUAUACGGCCACCGAUAAUGAAGGCAAUGCAUCUAAUGCCGGUUCUGGAUCGGCAGGAAACAGUGCUCAAUCGGCGGCAUCAUCUGGUAAUUCGAUACGUGAUGAACUGAGACGUUUGUGUCUGGUUUGUGGCGAUGUUGCUUCAGGUUUCCACUACGGUGUGGCCAGCUGUGAGGCGUGUAAGGCAUUUUUCAAACGUACCAUCCAAGGCAACAUUGAGUACACUUGUCCCGCCAACAAUGAGUGUGAGAUCAACAAGAGGAGGCGUAAAGCAUGCCAGGCAUGUCGAUUUCAGAAGUGUCUUCUCAUGGGAAUGUUGAAGGAGGGUGUGCGAUUGGAUCGUGUACGUGGUGGUAGACAAAAGUACCGUCGCAAUCCAGUUUCGAAUUCAUAUCAGACCAUGCAAUUACUCUACCAAUCCAGUAUCACAUCUUUGGGUGAUGUUAAAAUACUCGAUGCCCUUAGUAAUUAUGAGCCUGACAUACUUUCGGUGCAAUCGUCAACAUUACAAUCCAAUCAAAUGAACAGUGCCAAUUCGACAUCAUCUCUGAUUGACGAGGAGUCAGCAAAUGCCUCAACACCUUCAACUACAUCGUCGGUGACGAAUAUAAAGUGUGAGAACAGUAACAUUGUCGCAAAUCCUGAUGCCGCCGAGGCUACGCCACCGUCAACGCCCACCUCUUCUACGCCCGGAGGGGCAACACCCACCUCAGCCAGCACUACAUGCAUUUUCCAAAUGAAUUCGUUGACCAACAAUAAUUCGGACGCCCAUGAUAUUUUGUGUGUUCUAAGCGACCUCUACGACAAGGAAUUGGUCUAUGUGAUUGGCUGGGCCAAGCAGAUUCCAGGUUUUACCGAUUUACCUUUGAACGACCAAAUGAAGUUGUUGCAAGUCUCAUGGGCCGAAAUUCUGACGCUACAAUUGAUAUUUCGCUCACUGCCGUUUAAUGGCAAACUCUGUUUUGCCACAGAUGUUUGGAUGGAUGAACUAUUGGCCAAGGAGUGUGGCUACACUGAAUUCUAUUAUCAUUGUGUACAGGUUGCUCAAAGGCUGGAACGUGUAUCACCACGGCGAGAAGAAUACUAUUUGCUAAAAGCCUUACUUUUAGCCAAUUGUGAUAUUCUUUUGGACGAUCAGAGUUCUCUGCGGGCUUUUCGUGAUUCCAUAUUGAAUUCGCUCAAUGACGUUGUCUACCUUUUGCGUCACAGCUCAGCGGUAUCGCAUCAGCAACAACUGCUGCUCUUACUGCCCUCCUUGAGACAGGCCGAUAACAUUUUGCGACGCUUUUGGCGUAACGUGAAUACCGAAGGCUUGGUAACCCUUAAGAAGCUUUUCAUGGAAAUGCUGGAGACUGUGGCGCGGUGAGGUUCAAAGGAUAACUGCAACAUCACAGCAUUUGUUUCUUUACACUAAUUUAGGAUUAAAUGUAACCGGAGUUCAGUUUGUGUUCAUGUCUACACACAACACAAUGUUCCCCCAUUUCGAAGGGAGGCUUACUUAUUUAGUUUUAUUUUUUUAUUAGUCAUUGUAUGGCAGUGGUUAGAUUACCUCGUUCAAGCAUCGUGUAUAGAAUUUUUAUUUUUGAUUUGUUUUUGUUAUUACCUUAAGAUUUGUUUUCUCUAAUAUUAAACCCCAAAGAUUUUUAGUAAUAAUCGCAGAAACAAAAACCCCAAAAGUCGCCAUUUUGUCCAAAAACCCAGGGCGGCUCAGCACAAGUUCUAAGCUAAGACUUUGAAAUUAAGUGAAUUUUCUAUACAUAUAUUAUGUAUAAAAAAAUCAACAUUGUAAAUAUUAACAAAUACAAUUAAGAAAUUAAAUAUUACCAAAUACGAUAUAUUGAAUUGGGAAA